AAUUCAUUUGUUUCUUUCUGAUUUAAUAAUAUCUUACAAUAAUUUUCAGGUAUUUUUCUGUUUUUUUGUUCUUUUUUUUUUUCUUUUAUUUAUUAUUACAAUAACAUUUUUUUUUUCUUAUUCAUCAGAUCUGAUUCUGCGGCAUUUUGCUCUGUCGAAGCUUUUCUCUCCUCCCUACCAUCCCAACCAACACUUUCACUUAACACACACACAAAAAAAAAAAAAAAAACACUGAAACUUUAAAAUCUUCUUUUGUUUUCUUCUGAUUUUUUUUGUUGGGUAUAAUUUUCUAGGUUAUAAAAAUUGUUUCUUUUACCAAAUUUGUAAAAAUACACCAAAAUAAAAUAAUCCCCUUUUACCAUCUUCUUUCAGAUGGAGAAAAUGUAGUGUCUUUUUCAAGUUUUUUGUUUAUGUUAUUUGUGAAAAAGAAAAGAUUUUUCCUUUUUUGGGCUCAUUUAUUGAUGGGAAAUUUUGAUAGAUUUUUCACUAGUUUUUGCAGCAUAUUUUCUGGGUUAUUUCUAAAUUUGUCUUGGUAAAAAAACCUUUUUUUUUGUUUUAAAUGAUCUUGUGUACUACUGUUUUCAGGAGAAAAAAAUAAAAAAUAAAUAAAAAAUAAAAAUUGUUAACUUCAAAUGGCAGAAUGUGAUUCUGGUGGGAUUUUCUAACGACUAUUAAUUUAUUUCAUGGGGUGCAGCUAAUCUGGCUUGCAUGUGUUGUUCACAAGGUUUAUCUUGUUGAUUCCUCCAUUGUUUGGUGUAAUAGUUGCUAUUUGUGAUAAAAAAAGAAAGGGUUUUUCUUGCAUUGCCCUUAAAACAGUUUAUCAAGUAAAUAAGAUUCUGUUUGAGAUUGAGAUUGAGGGUUUUGUGUAAUUUGGGGGGGUAGAAAUAAAAAUUGAUGAAUAUUGUAGAUAUAUCUAUUAUGAGGAGUGUGAUUUGAAUGGGUACUCAAACAAUGGGAUCUCAAGGUGAUACUUCAGUACCAAAGCCUCCAAGUUUAUCUAGACAAGGCUCUUUGUAUAGCCUUACACUUGAUGAGGUCCAAAAUCAGUUGGGAAAUUUGGGGAAACCCUUGAGUAGUAUGAAUCUUGAUGAACUUCUGAGGAAUGUGUGGACAGUGGAAGCUAAUCAGUCUGUUGGAGGAAGUAGUAAUGUUGAUAAUGGUGCCCAACAUCUCAACCAGGGGGGUCCUGGGCCGUCGCUUAAUCGACAAUCGAGUUUUAACUUGUCGCGGGAUUUAAGUAAGAAGACGGUUGAUGAAGUAUGGAGGGAGAUUCAACAAGUAAAGAAGAGUAGUCAGGAGAGGAAUCCUGAGAGGCAGAAUACACUUGGUGAGAUGACAUUGGAGGAUUUCUUGGUUCAAGCUGGGGUUGUUCUUGAUUCGGUUGGUGGUGGUGGUGGUGGUGGUGGUGGUGGGAAUGAUACUAACAAUGCUGGUCAGGGUAAUUUGGGGGGUGUUGAUCCCAAUGCUGCCCGGCACACGAAUGUUCCGCAACAUGCUCAGUGGAUGCCCUACCAGCUACUUCCACAGCAGCAACAACAUAGUAUGAUGACAAUGUUUAUGCCGGGACACCAUGUCCCUCAAUCUCUUGCUGUCAGUGGUGGAGCUCUUUCGGAUACGGGUUACUCUGAGGCUCAAUUGGCAGUUUCAACCACCCCAUUGAUGGGAACGUUGUCUGAUACACAAGCGAUUGGUCGUAAAAGGCUUGCUCCUGGAGAAGUGGUCGAGAAGACUGUUGAGAGGAGGCAGAAACGAAUGAUAAAGAACAGGGAAUCUGCUGCACGUUCACGAGCUAGGAAGCAGGCUUACACUCAUGAGUUGGAAAACAAAGUUUCGCGGCUAGAAGAGGAGAAUGAAAGGCUACGAAGGAUGAGGGAGGUGGAGAAGGCCCUGCCAAGUGUUCCUCCUCCUCAACCCAAGUACCAGCUUCGACGAACAAGCUCAGCGCCUUUCUAGAGAUUUGUUCAUGUGCAGAUGUCUGAUGAAAAGCCGUGGAGGAAAAAGUACGACCUUCUUUUUAGUGUUUUACUAGCUAAGCUAACUGUUCCUGAACCAUCUACUUCAUUGAUGUCUGAUGGCUCGUCUUUGUAACUCUUGUUCCUCCUCCCCGUCCCCCAUAAAUCUGUCAUUUCUCAUAGUCUGCAACUGUUGCUGAUUUUCGUAGGUUUCCUUUUCUUUUUCUUUUUCUUUUUUUCCCCGGUUUCCUCCAUUCCUCUGUGAUUAUCCUGUGUAUGUACAUUUUUAAGUGCUGAACUUAAUCUUAAGAGAGUUGCAAAAAAGGGGAACAAAACAAAAUAGAAAAUUUUAGAUUUUAGCUAAUCUUUCUAUCA